CAAAUUAACUUCUCCCUUAGUCCCGUAGCCCGUAUCAGCCAUAUCAGUCAGUCAGUGAUUGGAAAUUCGACCGAGUUGUACGGAGAAGAUCGUUCAGUGCAAACCUCAAGGCAGUAUAGUGAGUGAAUCGAGCCGGGAAUGCGAAGAAAUUACUGAAUCAAGCGGUUUUAUGAAUAAUGUGAAGCUAUAAAUCCCAUCAACGUGAUACGACCCUCCGAGCGCGCUCUGUAUAACUCCGGGCAAGUGCAAUGAAGAAGAAAUAAUCCAUCUCGUUGGUGCUGUAUUACAGAGUGCAUGCUGCAGAUCGACUAGCGCUGCCGAUAGUGUAUAAGUCUAGAGUUUUGCUAUGCUGGCAAAUAUGCUUUGAACUGCAAGGAAUUAAACCGUUCCUCAUCAGCACCGUUCUGCUUCGUUGCCCGCCAAAGGAAGAGGAGCUCCUAUCAUCAGCAAAAAUUAAAUCCCUCCAGAUGGAGCAGUGCAUGUGAAUCACACCAGAGAACAAACCGCUCCGUCUGAAAAAUACAAAAAAAAACAUCACAUUGAAACAAAAUCCUUCGCAAUGUCAUCGAACGGCAAGUUGUUCUUGCCCUUGAUGGCUGCCCGCAGGCGAAACAGCAGCAAAAGACUUUCCAUUAAUCCUUCGUCCUGCGGUUGCCUAGCUUCGCCUCCCAGUAGUGCCAUGUCGAUCCCGGUUCUUUUGUUUUUGCUACUUCUAAUCAGCGAACCCUUGUGCCAUGCUUUGGAGCUGAAUCAAACGCUAAUUACGCGGAAACAUCAGCAGCAUCAACAUCACCAGGCCUACACGAUAGACGACCUGAUGGCAACGAAGUUUCCGACCAGAAUCUCCAACGACAUCGAUAUGGAUCCCUGCAAGUCAAGUGGAUUCUUGGGAGAUAUCGCACUGCCAAACGUAGAUUACGAAACCGAGUGGCAAAAACAAAGACUGAACAAAACUUUCCAGCAGGAGCUGGAAAAACUCAAACAGGAAGUCUAUCACGAGGGCCUCCAGGUGGAGGAGGAAGGACUGACCGACAUAAUCCGGAAGAAAACUAAACAACUGUCACCUGACCUGAAUGUGGGCACCAACCAGCCCAGUAAAAAUCUCAACGAAGCAACAGUCUACGUUUCGAGUUCGCAGCCUGUCGAUCAUAAAUCACUUAACCAAAUAUCACAUAACGACCAGGACAAUGCCAUAAUUGACAGCUACAGCAAUGGCGAAUCGCAGAUAAAGGCGACAAUCAUCGAUAACAACGAUAAUAUCAUACUUCGAAACACAUCCAGCGCCAACCAUCAAGUGGGGCCUCAAGGGGGCAAAUCGGACGCCACAACAUCGACAUCGAUUGGUUCCGACAGUGACAGCAGCUCAACCAUUAUCAAGAAGAAGAAAAAUGUCAAAGCGGCGGAUGUUCGCAACAUUGACCAUAACCGCAUCCAGUCCGACACAAAGGACAUCGUUAUCGACGAUGCGAGCGAUAACAUAAUCAGCAAUAAUCAUGCGAGCAGAAAGAUAGUGGCAUCGAGAGCACUUUUGACAUCACCCCCAACCUCUACGCCAAAACCACCCCGAACGACUCAAGCCAAUCGUUUCAGCAAUUCUGGUGGCAAUGGUAGAACCCUAGAAGAUGUCCAGGUCCUCAACGGUGAUGGGACCAUUACGGCCCACAAACGCCAUCACAGAAGACGUCGGCAGGGAAAUGGACGGAGAAAUAACAACAGCACAACCGCUGAAGAAACAACAGCCGCCGACAACAAACCGAAGAAAAAACCACUCGAUGCAAAUUCCGACACGUACAAAGCUCGCCUUGAAAGGCUGAAGACCGAUCUGGGCAACCCGACCCUCUCCAUAAACGAUCCCAAUUUAAAACGGUCCAAGAACAAACUCAAGUCCCAUGCCGGCGGCAAAAAAGCGCCCAAAGACAAGCAAACCGCAAACAAAAGCAAAGCAUCAGCGCUAAAAGAUUGGGGGGAGAAAAGAGACUCCUCACGUGCGCCAAAGGUCAAACAAAUCGGAAAAGCAAACGGAGGAAAACCGCACGGCGCCAAACGGCAGACAUCAACCCGUAUCCUGGACGACAUCAUUAUCGAGGAAAAAGUUCACGGCUCCAUCAGGAAAGAGGAUGGGGAGCUGAUACGGGACUCAAAGGGGAAUGUGGUUCAGUCGUCUUUUCUGGAGGCUCACCUAGCUACCGAACAGCAGUUACCUGUUGAUGAAACAAGAAGUCCUUCCGCGGUAACGUCCCACCAUCAUCGUUCAACUCGGGCGGCAACGGCCAAAAAAGAACGCAUCUGGGAUUUUGGCGUCAUUCCGUACGAGAUCGAUGGCAACUUCAGUGGACUGCAUAAGGCGCUGUUUAAACAGGCGAUGCGCCACUGGGAGAACUAUACGUGCAUCAAGUUCGUCGAACGCAAUCCAAUCGACCAUCCCAACUACAUCGUGUUUACCGAGCGGCAGUGCGGCUGUUGCUCAUUCGUGGGAAAACGCGGCAAUGGACCGCAGGCGAUUUCGAUUGGGAAAAACUGCGACAAGUUCGGCAUCGUCGUCCACGAGCUGGGACACGUCGUUGGCUUCUGGCAUGAGCACACCAGGCCGGAUCGUGAGAACCACGUCGUCAUCGAGAAGAACAACAUAAUGGUCGGUCAGGAGUACAACUUCAACAAGUUAACAGAAGACGAGGUGAACUCGUUGGGCCUGCCGUACGACUACGAUUCAAUCAUGCACUACGCCCGGAACACGUUUUCGAAGGGAACCUACCUGGAUACGAUAUUCCCAAUUGAAAUCCCCUCUCGAAAGCGGCCCGAAAUUGGGCAGCGAUUGCGACUCAGCGAGGGAGACAUCGCCCAGGCGAACCUGCUCUACAAAUGUGCCAAAUGCGGUCGCACGUUUCAGGAAAAUUCAGCCUCUUUUACCUCCCCUAGCUACUACUCGUUGGUGCCACCCAGCGAGCCGGAAAGAUGCGAGUGGCGUAUAACGGCCACGCACGGCGAACGAAUCGUGCUCAACAUCACCGAUCUGGAUAUCUUCAAGUCUAACAACUGUCGUUCGGACUAUUUGGAGAUUCGCGACGGCUACUGGCACAAGUCUCCGAUUCUGGGCAAAUUCUGCGGCUCCGGCAAGGUGAAUGAUUUGAUCAAAUCAACAGGUAGUCGAAUGCUGCUCACCUACACUACCACGUUCCGGCAGAUCAAUAUGCGAGGGUUUGCCGCCAGCUACGAAGCGGUUUGCGGUGGCAGUGUCAAUUUGGAAAGCGGCGGUCGGCUCGAAUCUCCCAACUACCCGAUGGAUUACCUGCCGAACAAGGAGUGCAUUUGGAAAAUCACCGUCCCGAAGGACUACCAGGUGGCGCUCAAGUUUCAAUCGUUUGAGGUGGAAAAUCACGACAACUGUGUGUACGACUACGUGGAGGUGCGGGACGGCGAGUCGGCAGAUUCCCGCAUCAUUGGAGUGUUUUGCGGGUACAAAAUUCCACCGGAUAUGAGGUCGUCAACCAACAAAAUGUUCGUGAAGUUCGUCUCGGAUGGCUCGGUGCAGAAAGCCGGCUUUUCGGCUACCUUCAUGAAGGAAGUGGACGAGUGUGAACGAAUGGACCACGGAUGCGAGCACGAGUGCAUCAAUACGCUAGGUGGAUACGAGUGCGCUUGCUACAUCGGAUAUGAACUGCACAGCGAUAAAAAGUCUUGCGAAAAUGCGUGCGGAGGAACCUUGAAACAACCCAACGGAACCAUCCUAUCGCCAUCGUUCCCGAACGAGUAUCCCAUCCUGAAGGAGUGCGUUUGGGAGAUCAUUGCUCCACCUCAGCACAAAAUCACCCUCAACUUUACCCACUUUGAAUUGGAGGGUAACACCUUCUAUCAGGCAUCGGAAUGCGAGUACGACUCCGUUGCGGUUUACUCCAAGGUGAACGAAGAUUCUCUAAAACGGCAUGGCGUUUUCUGUGGCAACAAAAUACCCCCAACCAUUACCUCUGACGGCAAUACUCUACGCGUCGAGUUCAAAUCUGAUAAAACAAUCCAAAAGUCUGGAUUUGCUGCCAUCUAUUCUACGGACGUGGACGAAUGCGCCGUCAAUAACGGCGGCUGCCAACACGAGUGCAAGAAUACGUUAGGGUCGUACGUUUGCUCGUGCCACAACGGUUACGCCUUGCAGGACAAUGGCCACGACUGCAAGGAGGGAGGUUGCAAGUAUGAGGUUUCUUCGCCGAACGGCCAAAUCUUCAGUCCCAACUAUCCCGACUAUUACCCGCCGAAGAAGGACUGCAUAUGGCACUUUACAACUACGCCAGGUCACCGAAUUCGGUUGGUGUUCAACGUGUUCGACAUCGAGCCUCACCAAGAAUGUGCCUACGAUCACAUCGUCAUCUACGAUGGCGAUUCACCGGAGAGCUACGCUUUGGGACGAUUCUGCGGAGCAAAGCUACCGCACCCGCUAUCAUCCACGUCUAACGAAAUGUACAUGGCCUUCAAUACGGAUUCAAGCGUCCAGCGGAAAGGUUUCUUCGCCAGCCACUCGACGGCCUGCGGUGGACAUCUGAGGGCAACCAACAAGGUGAAACAUAUCUACUCGCACGCCAAAUUCGGCAUGGGCAUGUACGACAAUGGCGCCGAUUGCGAAUGGUCGAUCGAGGCGGACAGCAAUAAGAACGUCCAGCUGAAGUUCCUGAUGUUCGACGUCGAAGAAGAGCGCCAGUGCUCGUACGACUACGUCGAAGUGUACGGUGGUCUAGAUGACUCCAGCGGACCCUUACAUGGAAAGUAUUGCGGUAAUAGUAAUCCUCCGGAGAUCAUUUCAAUGAAUCAGGCCUUGCUAGUUCGAUUUCGGUCGGACGAUACGGUCGGUUUCAAAGGAUUUUCUGCAUCGUACGUGGCGAUUAGCCCUUUUGGGAAGGGCCAAUCGGAAGACGACGAAAUGGUGGACAGCGCCGAGAUCACGCCGUUUCCAGGGUCGCUCAAAAACUCCGUUAUCAAGGCGGACGAAGACGUGGACGAGGACGAGGACGAAGACUACGAAAUCAUCGUCCACCAUCGGCACUUGAACCCAAAGGUACGCUACGCAGUGCGCAACGAGAUACGAUCUUCGCAAGCGAUUGACUGAAAUAGGCGUAGACGCGUCGGAAUGCGGCGCAAAGUACAAAUGCGUGUGCAACAACGCACCUAGUCAAUGGUAGCUGCGUACGCAUCAGAUUGAAAUGACUGUGAUGUCUGAAAGUGACAGACAGAGAUAUUUCAGAAUGUCGUUGAUUUGAUUGAAUAAUAUUUUGAAGUUUCUUUGUUUGCCCAAAACCAAAAACAUUGUGUCACAUGUUGAUGCACUUUGAGAUUAUUACUACACAUUUGAAUUGUG